AAUUAUUCUUGGUUUUUUCUUCCUUAUUAUUCUCACCAAAUACUCCAACCGUAAGAGCAUAUGGAGGAGAUGAUGACUUCACCAUGGCUGCAGCUUAAAUGCUCAUGUUAGCCCCUGUUUUGUCUAUGUCUUCUUCUUUCUCUCUACUAACACGCUCUACAUUCCCGUUCUUUUUCCUUCUUUCAUGUAUGUUUUUUUUUUCUCUUUUUUGGACCAAAAACAACUUUCUAGAAGAGAAUCUUUCUUCUAUUCUUUUUUUGAAGCUCAAAAAUCCAUGAAGAAAUGAAGCAGAGCACUUGCAUGUGUCGUGCGUGAAUGACAUGGUGAAGUAGACACUGCUAUUUCCUUUCUGGGUUUUGAACUGGUUUAUUGGAUUUUUGGUUUGAAAACAAUAACACCCACUUCAUCAAAUAAGGAGAGUUGAUUUCUGUGAAACUGUUGUACGUCCUCGCUUCUCAAUUUUCUGCAGUGGCCAAAACCCAGAUCUUUCAUGGCCUCUUGAACGGGUUCCUUUUGUCUUCAGAACUCAGAACAUAUAAUUGGCCUUAUCUUCCUUUCUUGCGUUUAUUUUGAGAAGGCUCUGUAAAGCUUUUCAGAUGAAAGUUUUUAUUUUUUAAUUUCUUAGCAAGUCUUUAAAGCUUUUCAGUGAUAAAUCAAGUCACCAUUUAUGAGAUCGAAAAUGAAAACAAAAGCUGCUUCUGCUAUUAUUGGUAGUUUUCCUUCUCUUUUCUUUCUUCUUUCUCCUUCAAAAUGAUUGUUUUGACGAGAGACCAGUUACUACGAGUUCAGUGGCGGGCGAUUCCUGUGAACUGAUUCCUUGUGCUUUUUUCUAUUUUCUUUGAGCCUUCAUUACUAUCUAAAAGCAACUAUCUUGAGUUCUAGUUAGUAUAAUUCUAUUGGUUUCUAGCUGGACUAUGUGUUUCUUGAGCUUUAGUUUCCUUAACCAAACCCCCAUAGGUUUGGUUCUUUGUAGUACUAGAAACAAUAUUCUGAGCUGAGCAGUCCGAAUAUUCCAUUUCUAGAGUUGGCUUCUUGUUUUGAAAAAAUGGAUCUGAUCUGAAUAGGUCGGGAGUGUUGUCGUUUUUGAACUUAAGAUAUGGCUCAAGAGAAUUUGCCAGAGAAGAACCUCAAACAACAGCUUGCUCUUGCUGUGAGAAGCAUCCAAUGGAGCUAUGCAAUCUUCUGGACCAUUUCUGCUAGACAACCAGGCUACAUGCUCCUAGUUAUAGUAAAAGACAUGCUCUUUAUCUUAUUGGCGGCCAGGAUGUUGGAGUGGGGAGAUGGGUACUACAAUGGAGAUAUUAAGACAAGGAAAACUAUUCAAUCCAUAGAACUUAAUGCAGACCAAUUGGGUUUACAGAGAAGUGAACAGCUGAGAGAACUCUAUGAGUCUCUUUCAGCUGGUGAAGCCAGCCCACAAGCAAGAAGACCUUCUGUAGCGUUAUCCCCAGAAGAUCUCACCGACACCGAGUGGUAUUACUUGGUCUGCAUGUCUUUUGUAUUCAACACUGGCCAAGGCUUGCCAGGAAGAACCUUAGCAACUGGCCAACCGAUUUGGUUGUGCAACGCUCAUUAUGCAGAUAGCAAAAUAUUUAGUCGCUCUCUGCUUGCUAAGAGCGCAUCUAUUCAGACUGUAGUAUGUUUUCCAUUCUUGAGGGGUGUGGUCGAGCUAGGCGUGACGGAGCUGGUUUUGGAUGACCCGAGUCUCAUUCAGCAUGUUAGAACUUCAUUCUUGGAGAUUCCAUAUCCUAUAGUUGCUGCAAAGACCAGUACAAGAAGUGACAAAGAACUUGCUGAUGCUGCUUUUGAUCAGGAGAUUGUUGAAGCCAAAUUAAUUCCAGCGGUAGGAUCUGAUGAAUUAGAUGUAGUUUCACCCAAUCACAGUUCAAAUAAUCAGCCAGAAGAGGAUUCAUUUAUGGUUGAAAGGAUAAAUGGAGGAGCUUCCCAAGUGCUAAGUUGGCAGUUGAUGGAUGAUGACCGUGUCAGGUAUUCUCUGAAUUCUAGUGACUGUAUAUCUCAAACCAUUGAAGAUCCUGUAAAGGUUGUUCCUGUUGCUAACAACGAAAAGCAAGACAACCACUGUCUGAAAGAUGUUCAAGACUGCAACCACACUAAACUGACUGCACUGGAUGUUCGAAGCGAUGAUUUUCAUUAUCAAAGUGUUCUCUCUUCUCUCUUAAAGACCUCCCAUCCAUUAAUUCUAGGUUCACAUUGUCAAAAUGGUAAAAAGGUAUCCAGCUUCGUCGGUUGGAAAAAAGUGGGAUUGGUGCCUUAUCAGAAACAGAAAGGUGCGACACAGAAAUUAUUAAAGAAAAUCCUGUUUGACGUUCCUCGGAUGCAUGUCAAUGGCUUGCCUGAGUCCCCAGAAGACAGCAGCAAUAGAGUUGGAGUUUGGAGACCAGAGGCAGAUGAUGUUGGUGCAAAUCAUGCAUUAGUAGAGAGAAAACGAAGAGAAAAGCUAAACGAAAGAUUUAUGAUUCUCAAAUCAAUUGUUCCUUCAAUUAACAAGGUUGAUAAAGUAUCUAUAUUAGAUGAGACAAUAGAAUACCUGCAAGAGCUGGAAAGAAGAGUUGAAGAGUUGGAAUCAUGCAAGGAGUUAACAGAGUUAGAGGCAAGAACUAGAAGAAAACCCCAAGAUGCUAUUGAGAGAACAUCCGAUAACUGCGGCAGCUACAAAAGUGGUAAUAAGAAAAAGCCUCCGGCAAACAAGAGAAAAGCUUGCAAUAUUGAUGAAACAGAGCAAGAGAUGGAUUAUGACAUAUCAAAAGAUACUUCAACUGAUAAUAUAACCGUCAGUAUGAAUGAAAAGGAUGUAUCAAUUGAGAUGAAAUGUCCUUGGAGGGAGGGGUUAUUGCUGGAGAUCAUAGAUGCAGCAAGCCAUCUGCAUUUAGAUUCUCACUCAGUUCAAUCAUCCACCAUUGAUGGGAUUCUUUAUCUGACAAUCAAAUCUAAGAAGAGGUUAACAGCCGGGUCAGCUAGGGCGAUCAAGCAAGUACUUGAAAGAGUUGCUUCUAAAUGUUGAAGCUUGGCCUCAUUUGUCAUUGGAAUUUCACUGCUUCAGUUUGUAAAAUGAUGCAUCUUUGGAGGAUUUAUGCAUCAUGGUUAUAAAUGCUAAGGAUUUUCCUCCAAGAAGAGUAGCCUAAUAAGCUGAAAUAAACUUGUCUUUGAGUGUUGUUAUGUUCUUCAGUGAUCUUAAAUCUACUGCGUGCACUUCUGCACUUGCUAGGA